AUGAACGCGGUCGUUAAUCAAGUGUUGCCGAUGCGAUUGCAGUUACGGAGUGUUCGCCAAGUGUUCUCCGGUCGAUACAAAUUGUUAGCAAACACUGGGGUCUCAUGCACGAUACUCGGCUCGGCUGAUGCCAUUCAGCAGCUCAUCAUGGGCACUUGGGAUCCAAGAGAUCCGAAAAAGCCGUGGGAUUGGAAAAGAACAGGCCGUUUUGCCGCAUGUGGUCUCCUUCAGGGUCCAAUGUUGCACUACCUCUACCGUUUCAUGGAUUUCCAUGUCAAAUUUCGAGGACCAAAGCUAGCAGUGGUGUUGCAGAAAUGUAUGAUGGAUGUCUCGUCGGCACCAUUGUUUACAAUGACAACGAUUUGUGGUGUCGGCAUGAUGGAGGGGCACACGCUACGUGAUGGUUUAGCCGAAUAUCGGCGAAAAUUUUUGCACAUUUUUAUGUUGGACUGCCUCACUUGGCCACCGUUUCAAUUCAUCAACUUUUGGUUUCUCCCGCCAACUUUCCGAGUCGUUUACACGAAUAUGGUGCAAUUGAUGUACAACAUUGUGAUCUCCUACAUCAAACACAACAAAGAAAUCGGCUUGAAA